UCGGGAGUACUAUAUAAAUGGGAUAUCAAAGUUAGCCAUCUUGUAAAGUCAAUAAUUGGCAUCACCCCGUGACCGGGUCAAGAUGCAUUUUACUACUAGCAUGCAUGAUGGACUGCUUUUCCCCCUUUUUCCUUUUGAAAUGCAUGUUGCACUGCUGAGUGCUGAGCGUCUUGCACAAGCAAAACAUGUCCAUGCGUUGCAACAAGAAAAAGGUGUCCUUGCACCGUCCUACUUGAAUGCACCACAUAAGCAUGUCUAUGAACAUAGCAAACACGGUUGUGAUGAAUCCCGCGCGUCACCCGCGAGGACGCCAUCAUUGAUGGGUACGAUGUGCCCAAGGGUGCGCGUGUGGUCCAUCGGCCGGCACCCGGAGCUGUGGGACGCCCCGGAGGAGUUCAGGCCAGAGAGGUUUAUUGGGAGCAAGAUCGACGUGAAAGGGCAGGACCUGGAGCUUCUUCCAUUCGGGUCUGGCCGGCGGAUGUGCCCCGGCUACAACCUCGGGCUCAAGGAGGUGCGCCUUAGCCUAGCGAACCUACUGCACGGGUUCACCUGGACACUACCGGAUGGGAUGGCCAAGGAGGAGCUGAGCAUUGCAUGGACGUGGUUUUUGGGCUAA